GUUUGUUGUCGAUAUUUCCCUGUAUUUUCCGAUUUUCCAAUAAUGUGAUAAGAUCCCCACUGAAGUUGUUUCUUCAUGCCUACUGGUCACGUAUAAAACUAUCUUAAUAAGGUACUUGAAGACUUUCUUCUGCAGCCAUACCCACUUGCGCUCUCGAUAGGGUUACGGUCAUGUUACAGUGUAACACUCAGUGAGAUGUGGUAGUGACUGGCGACAUUCUCUUUGUGUUAGUUUGUUAUUUCUGUGAUUGUGCCGCUUAAUUUUACCUUUUGGAUAUAACGCACCAGAGAAAAUGAAUUUAAAAUACCUUCAACUAGCAAUAACGACCCAACUAGUUUACAUAGUUGCGUCACAAAAUGAUAGAUCUUACGACACCAACGAUUGGAUACCUGUGACUCAGAAGGCGUCGGCUGAGGAGACGACACAGAAAAAGGCGACAGCCCGAGUACUCAACCUUGACUCGCCGUCCCAAAAGUUUUUUCCCGAUGAUUAUAUCUAUAAGAAAAGUAGGCCCAACUUUCAGUCAAGGCCUAAGCAUAAGGAUCGGUACAAUGUGCCCAAAUAUGAAAACACCUACAAAUUCGAGUUACCUCCAACACUCCCACAAAACGGUGGUCCGAAGUUCCAGUAUUAUCCAAAACAAGAGGUACAGCUCCCAAAUUAUCAACAACCUCCUACAGUAAAUGUAUACCGAGCUCCUUCACUGCAGCAGUAUGUCCCAAAUGCUCAAGCUGUUGUACGAGAGAGAUUGCCUUUACCAAAUAUACAGAGUAAUUAUGGACAAUAUAACGUCCCGAUUAAUAGUACUAAUUUUUAUCAAACAAUCAAUCCAUAUUCCAUAAAUCAGGAGUUAAUAGGAAAUAUCCAAAUCCAAAACACAAAUGGAGCCAAUCCAGUUUUUUAUCAAGUUCCAAGCAAGACAGUGGGAAACCAAGAGAAUAAAGUGAUAUAUCAAAACCCAAGUGACAUUAUUGGAACCCAGAAUGCUCAAAAUGUGUAUUUAAAUCAAAAUGGAGGUAUACCAAAUCAACCAGUUUCCGCUAACAUAGAAAAUUCUGGUGUACCUACAGAAAAAAAUGAUGGAGCUAAGGAAUCCGUACAGUUGGUGUAUGUUCCACUGGAAAACUUGAAAGAUGGUCAACCUGUUCCUCAGGAUACUCAGACAGUUUAUAGACAGAUCGAAUCUCCCAGAUAUGAAAAUCUACUCGAUAAACAACACCGCCUCGCUGCUAUUGAACAAGAUUUUAUACAACAAGCACUGCAGGCAACGAAACUACAGGAACAAAUUCAACUUGGAGAUCCCCUCCUACUUCAAGUGUCAACAACACCCAAAUCAAUUAAAAAGAGAAAGCCUCAUCAGCCUCCGCUAGCAGUGUACGUAGAGGGUGAAAAACAGCAAGUGGAAAUAUCCGACGUGCUUGAAGCAUUAAAAAGUGCCAAAUCAAUUGCAGUUCAAGAUACUAUUCAACCGAACUCUCCAGAAAUAUUCAUUGGGCCUUCAACACUAGAAGCACCAGAUUAUUCAAAAUUUCCUCUUCCAUAUCUUAACAACAUUGACGGUAACAGAAUUAACAAAAAUAUUGAAUCGCUACCAUUUUUUGUGGCACCUUUAAGCUUUAAAACACCUCCAGGAUUUUCAAAAAUUCCACUCCCUGCACCUCAUGUUGGCUCCGUAGUAAUUGCUGUCAAAGAUGAUUUGCAUGAUAAAAGAUCUACUGUAAGACCCAGUCAUCUUAACAACAUAAAUAUACAGCAGCAAAUUAAAAAUAAUCCAACUACCGCCAAACCUUCUUAUAACACUUUAAGCCCACAACCUUAUCUUGCACAAACUUACUACAAUUCAGAAUCAUUUACUCCUUCUCCUCAACCACAACUACUUCAAUUUUCAGUAAAUGAUCAAAACAAGGCGUAUGAUUUUACUGGUGCUAACUACAAUCAGCAGAUUUCAAAUGAAUACAGUCAACCUCAAAAGCCACACGUUAAUGUUAAAGGUUCUGAUGUAUCAUCUAAAGAAAAGAAUACGGUACCUUCAUUCCAAUAUUCUUAUAUAGACGAAAUAGCAACAGGUACAACACCAAAAACUAAUCAAAAUAAUCUAAAUGCCUAUAACGUAAAAAUUCCAGAUCCUAUCAAGUAUGAUAUACCUAGUAGGCAAGUAGUUAAUCAAGAACAAUACAUUCAAGAAGACAAAAUCCCAACAUAUUUGCCCUCAUAUAAUGAACAGUAUUCUAACAAUAGGGACAAUAAAAAAGCAACAGAACUCCCAGUUCAAUACGAACCAAUUUCAACUACUUUUGACAUAAAUCAACAAAGAACGCAAGAACAGAUUGUCAAUAUUAAACCUAAAGCAGAAAUACAUAAUUUGUCACCAACUAGAGAUGGUGUUAACAAUUAUUCCGAAGAACAACAACCUAAGCCUCACCUACCAGAUGUAAAUCCAUUGGAACUUGCAAUAAACGAAUUUGAAUUACACCAAAUAAAUACACAGUUAGAGGAAAAACCAAGAGUUAAAAACCAAAAUACUUACAAAACUCGUCCUGCACAAAAUAUAAAUGGCGACAAUGACUAUAAAUUUGACCCAGAACUUCAUAGAUUCUCAAGUACCCCGGCAACAAUAUUAAGAGACAGCUAUGUUGAAACUACUGUAAGGCCAACAAAGACACGAGGUCGAGUUAGAACUCGUCCACCAACAACAACUACUACCACUUUAGCACCAGAAGAAGAACAAUAUACUGUACUAGAAGACUUCGAUGUAAGGGAAAAACCUACAUCUCGAUUUUCAACACCAUCAAGCGUUCGAUACAUUGCACAAACCAAACACGUUGAACCAAAUCCAACACCUGCUCAAAAUCAACAAUAUUCAUCUGGUUCAGUUAGCGAAAUCGAAAACAUACCAUCCAAUGUUUAUAGUUUAAACACAAAACAAAAUGUAUACACUGAAGCCCCUGAUAAAGAAUAUACUUAUACAUUAAACCAACAAUUAAUGGAUCAGCAAAUUUUGCAAGUUGAUUCUAAAGAGUCUAUUCCCAAGUAUGAACAGCAAGGACAGUUUGAGGUAGAUCCACAUUCCCAUCAAUAUUCAAUACCAACAAAUGGUGACUAUAUCAAACAGCAACAAUAUAAUGAGCAGAAAGAGUAUAAUAACAAGCAGCGAUAUAAUGAAGACAAAGAGUACAACACCCAACCACAAUAUACUGAAGGGCAGACCUAUAAUAAACAAGAACAAUACACUCAGGAUGUUGACGAAAGUAAAGAACAUCAACAGGAAUACACCAAUCCACUGGAAGACCCGUCAGUGCGAUCAUUACUUAUUCCUAACUUAUUAGUUCCCACUACAACCAACAAUGCUUACACCGGCCCUUCGUAUUUACCAACCACUGAAAGAAUAAUCGUAAGCACCGUAGCAACUACUGAAAGACCUAUUGAAACGACUACCACUAGCCGCGUGCGUAGUCGGACUAGAGGAGGAAAUAAAUACAGCGAAAGUAGUACUACUAGAAGACCAUCGUCAAGACGGCGUCCAACGCAGUAUUCGAGAGUAACUACAGAACGAACAAGGCACACUCCUGAUGUUGAAUAUAGCACAAGAAGUACCAGUACUAAACAGAGGUUUAGAACACGAGGACGUACCACCCCAAACUCAAUUACUGAGAGGUUAAUAACUACUGAAAACGAGAUUCAUGAAGCCCCAAGCUCUGAGGCGUCCGUAAAUAUCCGCACCCAUCCAGAUGGAUCUGAAUCCUACAUGCAGUAUGAUCAAACAGUAAAUCAAAGAGAAGAAAAGCCAAUUAUUGAUGAGGAAUAUUCCAAAGUUCUAGUUACUUCUGGUCGGCCAAUUAUACAGUAUGAAAACACAGCUUCUACAUCAAAACCUAUAUUAAACGUUCAAGUCACCCAUCCUGUUGAGACUUAUCAACAGUAUGAAGAAGAAGAUAUUCCCAAAGUAAAAGUUCGUGGAAGAAUAAGAGAUAGGCCCAGAGUUACAUCAACUACAACAGAAAAAGUUGUAACAAGGCGAUUAACUACUUCUAGGCCGGUAGUAAAGGAAGAAGAGGAAGAAUUUUAUGGAUUUUUCCAGCAACCAGACUUUGGGCCCCCACCAGAGAGUAAAGUCGAAGUAACUACAAUAGCACCUCCACCAAGAAUAUAUACAUACCAGACGCCCAGUCAACACAGAGAAGACUACCAAGUACCUCUAAGCAGUAUUAAUACUGAUACUUCAACUGUUCGAUUUGUAGGGGAAAUUGUGCCGAAAUAUACAACCAGUAAGGAAGUUCAAACAGAAACGGAAACUCCGAAGCCCAGAAUUAGAAGUAGAACAAGAACAUCACAGCGUAAACCAACAUACAACCAAGAUUACCUAGAUAAAACAACAAAACGCAGUAGUGUUAUUAGAUCAAGAGGAAAAACUCAUUAUCGACUACCAGAAAAUCUAAAGAAACCAAAAGAUGAAGAAGCUGAUGUAGAAGGUGGAAAUUACCCAACUCCUUUUCUUCAAGGAAGAAGGGGGGUUACAACACCAAGUCCCGGAUUUCAAAUAACUGUUGCACCUGAUGAUGACAUCGAUGACGAUCAGUCACCACACUCAUCCAUUCAUCGACCAAAUAUUGUUGCUUCGCCAGAAGAAUGGCAUGAUGCAUCAAUAGAUCAUGUUAGUGACGAUAAAACCAAAGGAAACUUAAUUGACACUCCACAGGAAGAACCAGUACAGCUGUUUGAAAAUCAAAACCUUUCCUCUGACCAACCUUUUGCUUUACCAGUUAAAUCAUCUUUAGAAGAAACAACUACUGAUAAGAGUGACGAGCAAUUUAGGAAGACAACACAAAAGAUCGAAGAACAAUUUGAAGCUAUAAACAAUUUUAACAGAACUACAGAAAAAAAUGAGAACGUUGAGAAAAAAGAAGAGAAGAAAAAACGAAGGAAAGGGGUGUGGAAGUUGGUUAAGCAACGACCUGUAGAUCGUUUAGAGGCAUCUGAGUCUCAAAAUUAUUUCUCAGUGUUGAAUUCUUUUCAUGAUAUUGAAAAAGUUGGUGAUCCUGCUUUAAAUAAUAAUGACCAAAAAUAUGAAAAAACAAUUAAUAGUUAUAUGGACUAUGUUAAUCCUUUCGCUCAACAGGAAGGAAAUGUUAGACAAUUUGAAAGUACCGUAGAUGAUAGAAUUGCUACAACUGAGCAGCCUGAUCCAAAAACCACGACACAAGAUAUUGAAAAAGAGGAACCAACGGAACCUGUAGAUUAUACACUCAGUACAACCUACUCCACCACGAAUUCUCAACCAAACUCUGGAGAAGGAGAUUUCCUUGAUUCAAUAUACGAAAUGUUUGGUAUGUCACGUGAUGCUCAAACACAAGGAGACUCUCUAAAUAUUACAUCUACUGAAGCUAGUACUGAACAGACAUUAACAACUUCUCCAAACCCAACUUUUCCUGAUGAAUUUACAGAUGAGCCAGUGCGUUCAACUACCGUAAAUGUCACAGAACCAAAUAGUGAAACUACUACUUUGCAGGACUUUUUGACCACCUUAAAAGUUGAAGAAGAGGAUCAGGACAACAAACUUUUACCUUUUCAGGUAAAACCGUGGAACAUGAAAGAAGUUAGAACAUCUACGUCAACAGAAGUUUCACACGAAACGGAGAUUUGCUACAAAGGAAGGUGUGUCCGAUCACAUAAUAAAAGAAGAAGACAUUAAUAUUUUCUGAAUCAAGAGUGAAAUGUGAGCAGAAUGUGAAAAAUUAAGAGAACUAACAAAAAAUCUAAAAUGUAUUACUGUACAGGAAAAUCGGAAAUUAGGUAAACAUGCCUUUCUACAGUCAAUUUGACAUUAUAUUGAAUGACAAGUAUUUAAAUCAAGAGAUCGACUCGGUUUGACAGCGAAGAUUAAAUAACAAACAAAUGUUUGUUCCCCUCAAAUGUAACUCCCUACUGCCCCGCAUCAACCCCUAGUUUUUUUUUAAAUAGCAAAUGUGGUCGAGUGGCACGUCAUUUGAAAGGUAAUUUUUUUCUCUACACGACACUUUUUUUUUAAUUUACAUAAUAACUUUGAAGGUAAUUUUGGAUUUAACUAAUUUAUUGAUUGAAUUUCAGUAAUAACAAGAAAAACAUAAAAUUUCAUUAAAUGAACUAAUUAAAUAUUGUUAGUGACCUCUAACACAAUAAUUCAAUCAAUCUGCAAAUCGAUAUCAACAUGCCACUGUGUUGCAAGAUAUUUUUUGUUUGUAAAAAUAUUACUUUUUCAUAUGAAUUUUUCUUCUUCUUCUUCUUCUUCGCGCGACUAGGAUUACUCCUGUUCUUAUUCUGUUUCAAUCGUUGUUGACUGCACAUUAUCUUUCCACCUUUUUAGCGGCCUUAUAAUGUGUUUUCUGCUAUACAUCUUGUUGUUUUUACAGAUGUUCGCUAAUCUAUCUGGUCCCAUUCGGUUUACGUGUUCGUUCCAGUUUUUUUUUUGUUUUUAUCCACCUGUUAAUAUUUUGAAUUUUGCAUUGUUCGCGUAUUCUUCUGUUGCUUUGUCUGUCUCUUAAUAAUAUGCCAGCUAUUGAUCUUAAUACUUUCAUUUCGAUAUUGUUGAUUUGUUGUUUCGUCUUUCUUGUAUCGGUCCUUGUCUCCGCUGCAUAUGUUAGGAUUGGUCUUACUGUUGUCUUGUAUACUUUCAUUUUGCUUUCCGUGGUUAGAUAUUUGUUUCUCCAUAUGGUUUCUCGGAGGCAACCACUUACUCUUGCCGCUUUUGAUGCUUGCCUUGUGGUCUCUGUUCUUAUAUCCCUGUCACUAGUGAUCUCUCCUCCUAGGUAAUUGAAUUUCAUUACUUGUUCUAUAAUUUUGCCAUAUAUUUCUAGUUUGCAUCUACGCGGCUCUUUACUGAUCACUAUAUAUUUCGUUUUUUCUACUGAUAUUCUCAUAUUAAGUUUGUUUGCUGUGAUAUUGAAGGUGUGGAGCUGCCUUUGUAGGUCAUCUUCGUUAUCAGCAAUUGUCUUACUUCGUGGAUUAUUUGAUUUAUCACCAUAUUGAAUAACAAUUUGCUGAGCGAGUCUCCUUGGCAGAUUUCGCCUUUUAGUUCUAUGCAUUCUGUUUCUCCUGUUGGCAUUAUAACUCUGGUCUUGUUGUUCUUGUUAUUAUCUGAUGGUCUAUUUGUUCAGCUUGUAAUAAAUUUAAGAUGUCAUUUCGGUUCACCCUGUCAAAAGCAUUUUUUAAAUCUACAAAGCAUUGUAUGCUGAUUUCCAUAUUCAAUAGACUUCUCUAUUAUUUGUCUGAUAACAAAAAUUGCGUCUAUUGUGCUGCGGUUCUUCCAGAAGCCUUGUUGUUCAUCUGACAUGUUCGCUUUUUCCUCGAUUUUCUAAGCUGAAGUGAAGGCUCUCCAUAUUCGCAGCACAUGCUCUUAAUAGGACUUGUGUAAAGUGUUCCAAAUGCUAUCCCAAUUGCGGAAUUAUUAACUGGAUCGAGAAUUUUUAGUAUUGAAGUUUUUGCCGAGUUGUACGCAACUGUCCCAUAAUCAAGUUUGGAGCUUACCUUUGUUUUGAGAUUUGUCAACGACUGAUUAUUCAGGAUAUUAUUAUAAAGGCUUACAAAAAUGGGAUAUUAUAGUCAAGAAAGAGUAGAAUUAUAGUCGUUAUUGGAGUAACAGUAGUCCUCAUUUAUUGAUGGAGACAGAUACACAAACACCUCAGAAAUUAAAUGUAUGGGUUGGCAAUUUAGAGAAUCACGUUACUGGACCAUUAUUUCUUGAAGAAAAUCUCAGCGGAACAACUUAUUUAAAUUUGUUAAAAGACGUUAUUGAUCCGAUCAUCACUGACACAGUGGAAUCUGAUAAUAAUCUUUUAGAGGAUUAACUGACUUUCCAACAAGACAGGGUUACCCCACAAUAUGAUAUACGCGUAAGACAAUUUUUGAAUCAACAUUUUCCAGGGUUAUAUUGGCAGAAAGAGUCCAAUAGUGGCCGGACAGAUCACCGAAUCUUUCACUUUUGGAUUUCUUUUGUGGGGAUACCUAAAAUCCAAGAUAUACGCCACUCCGUCUGCAAAUCUUCCAGAGUUGGGACAAAGAAUUCUGACAGAAUGCCGAUUAUUGACACCGAAGAUAUUUGCAAAUGUACAAAGCGGCUUUGACAAUAUACUGUGUUAUUGUAUGAAAGUCACAUGAGGACAUUUCGAAAAUUUAAUUGGUUAAUUUGGUGAAAUUUUAUGUUAAAUCCAACAUAUCUUCAAAGUUAUUCUAAUGAUUAAAAAAAAUAGAGUGCCCUGUAGAACAGAAAAAUACCUUUUAAAUGAUCCAUUCGAUCACACUUGCUAUAUAAAAUAAACUGGGGGUUAAUUCGAGGCAGUAGGGGAUUACAUUUGGGGGCAUGUAUUUUGAAUGAAAAUUCGUCCCCGUUCCGAUACAAAUUGACGUAUUUUUUUUUUUAUUUUGGAGCAUAUCUGAGUUUCUGGGAGGGGGAUUCAAAUUUUCGUUGGAACACACUGUAUAUGCAUAAAGAUUUCAGUCUAUCCGCUAUUGACAGAACUACUUUAGCUGUCAUUUAGUUGUUACGCUUUUAUUUGCUUCCCUUUAUAGUUAAUAUAAAUUUUAGAUUUCAGCAGUAUUCCUAGCUACAAGCAUUAAUACUGACAAAUUCAAAAGUAAACGCUGCAUGAAUUACUUGUAAAGUACAAAAAAAAACUAAAAACAUAAACAUAUAUUUCUAAAUUUAUGCUACUUUGUUUUUGGCUUAUUUUUUAUAAAACUAUUAUAUGCUUUGAAUGCCAAGAAAGCCUUUUAGAAGAACUCAUAAAAUAGCAUUGAAAAUCAAUUUCACUUUGUCCCUAGAAAAAAGCUUUUACUAUCUUAAAAUAUGGAUAAGAUGGUAAAAUCAGCUCUUGGCUGGAUUUUUAUUUGGUGUAGAGUACUUGACAGUAAAUAUUUGGAAACCCCUGUAGCCAAAUUUUUAGCUCCUUAGUUGGCCCCUGGGGUACCCUAUAGCAAAAACUGUGUGUUUUUUUUAAAUUUUCCUCAGCGAUCCUUUACUUUAAAAAUCUGAAAAAAAUGACAAACAUAUAUUAUGUUUUAUUGUCCAAAAACACAUACAUUUUAAUUUUUCAAAUAAAGGUCAGGUUGUUUUAAUUAUUUUCAUGUGUUUUUUUUUCGGUCUUUUAAAUGGCGGGUUAGAUUUCGCUCAUUAUAUUUUUGCUGCUGAAAAUCCUCAAAAUUAGACAAAAAACCAUUUUUUAAUAUUUUUUCUCAUGUUUCAACCACAUAACCUCAUUUGAACUUGACAAAUAUCGAUUUUUGUUUCUCUCACCCCUUUAUUCAAAUGAUGAUUAUCAUUUAAAUAUGUUCAUGAAAUAUUGGUCAUAGCACCCACGUUCAAAUCGUGGACUUACUCGGGUGAGAUCAUCAGAGUAGUCUGUGAUGACGAUGGGCGCUUGCAUGGCUGGAAAAGGCUACAGCUGAUCUCAAACCGUGUGAGGAAGCAUCACUGGCUGUUGUCAGUCAAGAUAAACUCCCAAAACUUACCAAAGCCUCUUUAUGGAUCCCGGAGGAUGCUACUAGCACCUCUGAUGACCCAGAAAAAGUACUUCGGAGGUUAACGGCGCAAAAUCCAGACAUUUGCGAUAUGGUGCACCUUUCACCAUGAGGUAAAAAAGGAUCCUAAAGAACACCUGUUUGUCUUCGGAAUCGGAGACGAUAACAUGGCUGUCCUUAGGAAAAGGGCAAUGAGGUUGAGCUAUACGUUCACCUCAUUGACUCUAAAAGCAAGCAGCAACAAAAUGAAGGAGACCUCCUCGGAACCAGGAACCAACAACCAAGAAGUUAGAAAUUUUUAAAUUUUUGGAAAAUAAGUAGGUUUAUGUUAUUAUUUAUGUUUCAACCACAAAAUUGUUUUGUUUUUUGUAUUGAAUUGUGUAAAAUUUUAAACACAACUUUAGUGCAAUAUAAGUUUAUAUAACAGAAAUUUGCGGAUAUCGUUAAAAAAACAUUAUCUUUGAGGGCAACUAACUUUUUUUCCAAUUAUUUUUCACUUUUUAUUAAUUAAUAUAAAUUGUUAUUUGACACAUGUAAAAUUAGAUACUCAAACAAAAUUCCACGUAAAUCCAUUCAAAUAUAAAAAAGUUAUUAAUUACUGAAGUUUCGUAAAAUUUUCAAUUGCGUUUUUCUCGAAACUACAUUUUUUUUUCAUAUCCUACUGUCGCGUUGCUUUGAGACGACAUGUGUUAUCUUUUGCACGUUGCAGUGGAAUUUUAUAAUUUUAUUGUACUUUCCAAGUAAUCGUAUGAUACAUGCUCAAUAUUUUGAUGACAACGCUUUUCCUUUUAGGAUUUAAAACGAAGUUUAUGCUGUAAAUAUGAAUGAAUGUUAUUGUGAUAUUAUUAGACAUGAG